CAUUCAACAAGUUUUUAUCCUUUUUUAUCUCCUUAUUUUUCUCUAUGUAUGUCCUUUUUCCCAUUAAAAAAUAAGAUAGUGUAAGAACAUGGCGUAUUAGGUGUAUUUUGUCCACCCAAACCUUUGCUCGUGGUCUUUAUAAUAAAUACUUAUCCUCAAUCCCAGAAUUUCCUCUCAAAAAAUGGAUUUGGCUUCUUGGGUAUGGAAUUUAGCACCAUUUGCAGCAAUGAUUGCUGUGGAAUGCACAGAUGUGGGUGCAUCAACGAUCAGUAAAGCUGCUUUGGCCCAUGGAAUGAGCAAAUAUGUUUCAGUUGUCUACUACAAUGGCCUGGCCACUCUCAUCCUUCUCCCUUAUUUCAUCUUUCACAGGAAGAAGCGAGCUCCUAUCACUCUCUCACUUUUGGUGAUCUUCUUCCUUCUUGCCUUAAAUGGGAGUACUGGACAAAUUUUGUUUCUAGCUGCUGUGAAGUUGAGUUCUCCUACUCUUUCUUCUGCGAUGGCUAACCUUAUCCCCAUUUUCACUUUCCUUCUUGCGCUAAUUACCAGGAUGGAAACUCUAGAUUUAAGAAGAUCAAGUAGCCUAGCCAAAUCUCUUGGGGCUAUUGUUUCAGUAACUGGAGCUUUCAUUGUGACCCUCUAUAAAGGUCCUGCAGUCUUGACCCCUCCAACUUCUAGCUUUCACCAUGAUCAACUUCUUCUCUCACAGAAAUCAGAGUGGAUCUUAGGAGGUUUUCUACUUGUAAUCGUCUGCCUUUUGUCUGCAACAUGGAACAUUGCCCAGGGAGCUACUGUGAAGGAAUACCCAGAAGAAAUGACAAUAGUAUUCUUUUUCACGUUCUUUAUCACAAUCCAAAGUGCUAUCUUCUCACUCAUUUUGGAAAGAAAUCCAAAUGCUUGGAGAUUGAAUUCUACAAUUGAAAUUGUAGCCAUUGUGUACACGGCUGUGUUUGGGAGUCUGUUUCGAAUAGCUAUUCACACCUGGUGCUUGCGCAAGAAGGGACCUGUAUAUGUAGCCAUGUUCAAGCCCUUGGGAAUUGCCAUUGCUGUAUUCAUGACAGUAACCUUCCUUGGUGACAACCUUUAUCUUGGCAGUGUGAUUGGAUCAAUCAUAAUUGCAGUUGGAUUUUACAGUGUAAUGUGGGGACAAAUGAAAGAGAUGAACAUGGCCAUGGCUUUGAAUAAUGAACCUUGUAGCUCUCAAUCAUCAACCCUAAAAGGCCCUCUUCUUCAAAGAGAUGCCAGUGAAGAGAUAUGAUGAUACUUUUGUACACUAUCAAUAUAAACAAAUUUAUGAUUUUCCCCCCCUAAUUUUGUAGUGAAGGAAUUUGUUUUAUGUGGGGAACUUUUGAAUCUUAAUUCCAUUUCCUAGGAACUCUCACUCUUCACAUUUCUGAAACUUUACAAAUUUAGGAAGUCUUGUUCUUUAAUAAAUUAUGAUAUUAAUAUAGAUAUUUUGUUAUAAUAGACA